AUGGGGGAAGAGAUGGUUACUCAAUUUCUGUCGAGAUUGCCUCCUAAAGCACUAAUGCGAUUCAAAUGCAUUCGUAAGUCAUGGUACAAUCUAAUCAACAGUCCAAGUUUCGUGGCCCAGAAUCUUUCAAAUUCCAUGAACAACAAAUUCAUCUCUUCCACUCGCAUCAUUGCCAAGCAUAUUAUCGUCAAAGACAAUAGCAUUACAGAUAAGAAGGACAUUGUUAAUAUCAUUAUGCAUGGAAACGAUGAAGAGAAGCAGUUUUUACUUUCGUCACUUAGUCUUUGCGAUGAUCCUGAUGGCGAUGACCAAGAGCUUUCUUGUGUUAUUGAGGACGAGCUCAUUAUACCUUCACGGCUAUACCAAUAUUGCCUAUGUUCUCGAAUUGUAGGUCAUUGUGACGGGAUCAUUUGUCUUAGUGGCGAUGGGGAUACUACUGUUUUAUGCAACCCUUCAAUCAAGGAAUUCGAUCUUGUUCCGAAAUCCUGUCUUCUCCCGGAUGAAGACUGUUCUAAAACAAAUAGUGUGGGUUUUGGGUAUGAUUCCAAAGCUAAGGUUUACAAGGUUGUCAAUAUUCUUAGUUAUUGUUAUUCACAUUUAAAAGCAGAGGUGUACGAAUUAGGUACAGAUUGUUGGAGAGAGAUCGAGUUUAACGUAGAGAUUGAUGAGGUCCUCCCAGAACCUGGUUUUGAUAAGUACUUCAAGGGAGUUUAUUAUUGGAAUGCGUUUCGUAAACCUCUUUCGGAAAAAGAGACACAUCGAGUUUGGAAAGACACCCUUCCUUAUUCUGGGCUUCCGUUGGAGUUUGUCAUAGUUGCAUUUGAUAUGAGUAAUGAGGUCUUUUAUUUGAUAUCUCAACCGGAGGAGGAUACUUUUGCAAUUGACAGGAGCCUUAUUGUGUGGAAAGAAUCCCUUCAUCUUAUCACGUAUACUUACGAGGGAGACGCACCUAAAUGGUUCGACAUAUGGCAAAAUGAAGACCCUGAUUUUUUGAAAGGGUCAUGGACAAAAUGCUUCGCUAUCAAUCCUAUUGAAGCAGUAAUUCCGUUAGCAUUUUGGAAGAGUAACGAGAUUCUUAUGGGAGAUGCCGAUGGAUACAUAGUUUCCUAUAAUCUAGAUACCCGAUCGCUCAAGUGUCUCCCAAUUCAUGGAGCAGAAAAACCUAGAUAUAUUGGGGCAGUUGAAUAUGUAAAUAGCAUUAUUUCUGUAAACAGAGCCAAUAAGAUCAAGUACCUGAAUACAUCUUAG